UUUAAAGUAAGAAUUUCAUUAUAGUAUAAAAAAGCUGAUUAUUCCUUCAGUGUGACCGUUUAUGUGAAUGGAUGGUAAUAAAUAAUUAUGGUGUGAUAGCUAAACCUAAACCUAAAAUAUAUAUAUAAAGUUACUCCAGUGAGUUGUGUAUCUUAUCUUGUCCUUUUUCUUGCUUUUUCAAGAAUUGUGAAAAGAACAGUACAAUGGAAGUCUAUGAAAUUUUACAAUAUUUUACGAAAUUUAAAAUAGUUUACUAACUCUCGUUUCUGUGGAAGUAGCAUUUCCUAUUUUUCACCCUUGCUCUCAGAUUAAAACAUGCCAGCAGUAACAUGUCACAUGCUAGUCAUGAGGCAUUAACAUGUAAUGAGCUCACUGUCUGAUGAAAGAUUUAAUACUGUUGCAUGAAAGAAACUGUCAUUGGUAGAAUAACUGGUAGAGACAUUACACCAAGAUGUGACUUUUUAACUUAUAUCUUUUAAUAGUCAGCAAACUUUACAAUCAUACAUUUGGGAUCAAAGUGACCUGAUCUGUUCUGUGUUAAUGAAAUCUAAAUCUUCUUGUUCCAAUCAAACUCUUAGGGUGAAGAUGCUCCGCUGGGCUGUGUUGAUCACCAGUGUCUGCGGGGUGGUCGAUGCGAGGCGGGCUUCAACCUUCUAUCACGAAACAAAGAAUAAUAACAUCACAAUUACAUGGGACAGUCAGAUCAGAACAAAUAUGUCUCGCACCAACCUGAUUUGUGUUUUCCAGUCAGUGGUUAAUAAGGUUAUAUUCCGUAUCCGAAACGGUGUCGAGGUCCCAGAAUCUCUGCAUGAACAGUUUGUAAGACGGGUGCAAUGUGACAAAGACGCCCUCAGAGAAGGUCAGAUCAAACUAAAUCUGUCCACAGUCACCACUGAUGACGCUGGAAAUUAUUGGUGUAAACUAACCACAGCUUUUGGCAAGACCAUGGCAAACGAAACAUUUGUUUUGAAUAUAACCACCGUGAAGACCAGACCGGAAAUUCAUAAAGGUGCAAAACACCUACGAAGAGGUCCAAAGCUGGGAUCCAGAGAUGGACGCGGUUGGGAAGUUGCAAUUUUCUCAUUCUUACUUCCUAUAUUUAUUGUAGCUGUAGCCUAUCCAAGAUGGAGAUGGUGGAACUUGAAUGAAGGUCAAGAGAAGAAGUAAGAGAAGCAGAUUUGACUUGAGCUUAUUCAGCUAAACAAGUGACACCCCCGAUCCCAAACUGCCACAGAUGUGAAUGGACAUUUUGCUGCACGGCUGACUUCAUUGGAUACAAUCUGGGUCCAGACUGCAAGAAUGAAGCAACGUUGUUUUGUUUUCUUUUGUUUUUUAAAUAUUUUAUUUUACUUUUGUUGUGACAGGAAAGAGGGGAGAGAGAGGAGGGAGAGAGGGGAUGACACACAGCACAAGUCAGAGGUCGAACCUAUGACUGCUGCAAUAAGGACUCAGCCUUAGUUAUAGUCUUAUAAUGAAAAAUAAAGUUAGACCAGUUUUGCCAAAAUGAGUUUCGAACCAGGUGGACACUAGAGAACUUUUUCAUGUCAACUACUUUCUACCUCGGUGUAGCCUACAGUCUCUCCACUGAAAUAUGGUAGAAAUGCCAUCCACCCUUUUGCCUCGGCCUGUAGUUUGUGGCUGUACAAUUUGAUGAGGCUGUAUUAUCAUUAUCAUAGACGUCACAUUAGGUCAUCAAGUUUAAAGAAAUGAUAUCAAUGAAAUGACUUCUAUGGGGACAAACAUCAUCACACAUGAAUACAGUUUGGCUCAUUGAAUCCAACAGAGUCCCAAUUUCUGCAGUUCCGAUACUGUUUCAGUGUUACAGUAUGCAGAAAUAUUCCAAUAGGCAAAAAUAACACAUUUACACUGCAUGCAAAAACAGCAUUUUCAAUUCAAUUCAUUUUAUUUGUAUAGCGCCAAUUCAUAACAGAAGUUAUCUCAGGACACUUUUCAAAUAGAGCAGGUCUAGACCGAACUCCUUAUAACAUUAAUUACAGAGACCCAACAGUACCACCAUGAGCAAGCACUUGGCGACAGGGGUAAGGAAAAACUGCCUUUUUAAGAGCAUUGAAUUAGCAUAAAGUGGAAAUGUUUGUAAAGGUGGGGCUUGUGUAUGAAGUUUGU